CCGCGCCCGACCCGGCCCCUGGCCAGCCAGCGCGUCCUCGGAGCCCUCCACCCAGUUUCUCCAUGUCCGUAGCCAGCAAGCAUUUCUCUCAUCAUGAGUUCUGAAUUAAACGUUCCGGUGGAUCCUUCCACUCCCGCUUGCUGCUCUGAACCUGGCACAAAAGGCAUGGAUUAUCGGGACUGGGUCCGACGCAGCUAUCUGGAAUUGGUCACAUCAAACCACCACUCCGUUCAAGCUCUUUCAUGGAGAAAAUUGUACCUGAGCCGAGCCAAACUGAAAGCUUCCAGCAGAACCUCUGCUCUGCUCUCUGGAUUUGCAAUGGUUGCCAUGGUGGAGGUGCAGCUGGAGGUGCAGUACAAGUACCCCCAGAUGCUGCUGAUCGCUUUCAGUGCCUGCACAACAGUGCUCGUGGCAGUUCAUCUCUUCGCCCUUCUCAUCAGCACCUGCAUUCUGCCUAACGUGGAAGCAGUGAGCAACAUCCACAACCUGAACUCCAUCAGCGAGUCCCCGCAUGAGCGCAUGCAUCCCUACAUCGAGCUGGCGUGGGGCUUCUCCACCGUCUUGGGGAUCCUCCUUUUCCUUGCGGAAGUCGUGCUUCUGUGCUGGAUAAAAUUUCUGCCUGUGGGCUCCAUCCUGAAAAAUGAGACCACCAACGUCGAGAAGCCCAGCGGCCAUGCGGGUUGGCAGUCAGCACUGGUCUCCACCAUCAUCAUGGUCCCAGUGGGUCUGAUUUUUGUCGUCUUCACCAUUCACUUCUACCGCUCUUUGGUGCGGCACAAAACGGAGCGCCACAACCGAGAGAUCGAAGAGCUUCACAAACUGAAAGUGCAGUUAGAUGGGCAUGACAGAGGCAUGCAGGUAGUGUGACAGAGGGGCAGAGGCUGC